AUGGAGGAGAUUGGUGGCAGUGUGAUUCUCUUUUGGUGGGCCGUGGAGAAGCCCGUCGUAGCUUGGACCUUCGACGGCGGCGGCGGCGGCGGCCAACAUCUUAAGUAGGAAGUGAUAGUGAAUGAAGGAGACUGAUAUGGGGAGAAGGGGAUGCGGAAUCAAUGCAACCCACCGGCGGAGAACCUCUCUCGAAUGCUUCCAUCUCUGCCGUUGCUCCCUGCGCUGAGCCAUCUCCUCCGUCUCCGGCGAGGCUACGAUGAAAGACGAAAUUGCACCGGCAAAACCCUAGAGCGAGACAUGGCGGGGAAGCGAGAUGGCGGUGGCGACGCACCUCUGACGAACAGGAAUGAGCGCAUUGGCAUUGGUUGUGAGGGAGGCACUAGUGCCUGCCGGAGGAGAACCGCCCGUUGAUUUCCUUCACCUACGUCGCCUCCUCUGGCCAAGACAGACUCACCUGGGGAUUCUGGCGCCGCCCUUCCAUAUAGGUGAAGGCAUUGUUGCACCGGGGAGACCUCGAUAGAUGUUGAUGGUGGUGGAGAAUGACAGGGCAAUUCUCCUUUGGCAGGGCCAUACAGGAGCGAGUUGGCUGCCCACACUGCAGCCUGCCAGAGGAGAACCGCCCUGCUAUUCCCCUCACCUCCACCGCCGACGCCAUCAUCGCCGCCGCCCUUGCGCAACCUGCAAGACGCAGUUGCACCGGCGAAACCCUGGAGUGGCAACUGUGA